AUGAGCCUCCUCCCUUCCUCUGUGCAGCCCUUCGUGGGCACUCCUCUCGAUGAACUCCGGCCUCUGGUCUACACGCUCUGGAAAACGUACUUCUUGUCCCAAGCCAAGUUCCGCGACAUUGCUGAGUUCAACUCUACGAAGGACCAUCACGAUGUACCUCGAGCUCGAUUAAGCGAGCACUCUGAGCUCUACGUUGUCGACCCGACUCUGUCAGCGACGGAUCGCGAUGCGUGUCUCGCUGAGAUCAAGGCGCACACGACCGCCAUCCAACCUAUCUCUACCAACCUACACCGCCUCUAUCAGGCAACUGCGUGUCCGUUUGAGCUCUUUGAGCACAUCAAAACUCGUUUCGAGUCCAACCUCAUGGACAACAACCCCACCGUUAUUGCCAGCUAUCUGCGCACUCUCAAGUUCACCGAUGAGAGUUGCAUUGACACACUCUCUGUGGAACUCAUUAACCUGGUCAAGUGCUACCGUGUGUCUAUGACGCCGCUGUCCGUCAAUCCUCUGGAUCCAUCGGCGACCUCGUCCGUCGACUACCACAACCACAUCUGGAAUUCCUACACUAUGUCCGACACCUUUAUUGGUGACAAGGAAUUGUGGGAAGUUGUGACGAACUUAGUGGCCACCGUGCGCGCCGCCAACCAGUCCGUUGUCGUCGCUGACGUUUGGACAUCUCUUCGGCGUAUUAUUACCAAUCGUGUCCAUCGAGCGUCUGCUCUGGGUGACAACGGCUCUGCCGCUACCCUUCAAACACGUACCCAGCUUACAGCUGUCACACAUGUCGUUAAGCCAAACCCCAAGCAAUUACGCAAGCCGAUGGCUCGGUUCAUGUUGUGA